UUCGUGCCAGAGUUCUUUUUGCGUGCGGCCAGCAGCAGCGGAUUGUCGCCUUGGCAACCAGUAAGGUGAAAAACGAAAAACAAAAUAAAGAUCCCAUCCAGCAGGCAAAGCAGCCAAGAACAUCUUUUCGGUUUUUCGGGCAGAAAAUCGCGUUUUCCCGGGUGUAAAAUGUGCCAUUUCCGCGGCCGUCGCGAUUCUUUGUAAUUCGGUGAUUGUUUCGAGUGGGGAAUUGACCGGAAUCAGGGAAGAAGAAACACGGAGAUUUUCGUUCGCAAGUCGGUCAGUGUGUGUAUGCAAUAAUCUAUGUCGUGAAGCGUGUCUAUUUUGCACAAGCGAAUGAAUGAUUCUAAUCGGCCUACUCUGUUGGGGUAGUGGGUGGAAGUUGUCCGUUCUCAGAGUUGUGCAAUAAAACAAGUUCCGGAAGAAUAAUCUUCCAGGAUCUGUUCUCGUAGUAGGCCGUACGGGAUUGUGAAUGUCAUUGCAGUAAUGCUUGGGGAAAGUGCUGGAAGACGACUUUUUCCGGUUCUGAAAACGUAAACGUUACCAUCGCGAAAACAUCGAUUUCUGUGACGGAGAAUCCCUUUAAUUUUGGUGUGCGAUUUUUUGUGUUGUGUUUGUGAUUGGGAAUUGCUCCAAAAAGAAAAGUGUUUUAGUGAAAAUUAUGACGGAGUUGCUUGAGAAGACAAAAGCAUCUUCAUCAUGAGAAAUGCAUGUUUAAUGCCAAAGGAAGAUCAUACCGGAGGGAUCGCCUUAUCUCCCAUAACCACCCAAGAGCCUUAAAUCAGCAACCACAGCGUUUCAUUUUACCGCUAUACCAAAUAAGCCGUGCAUGAAUAUCCAAAUAAGUCCAACACUAUAUCAUACUAGCAGCCGAUCCGAUACUAUUCGCACAUAACAUAACCGAUACAGGGUUCAACAUAGUAAUAUCAUUUUGACACAUAAUUACCUUAAAAAAGCACAACCAACCUAGUUUACACCAAAAUGGCCACCCGUUUGGCGACGCAGCGUAGUUUCAUAACUGUAACCCCAAUUGCGAACCCCACCCCAACAUCCCCCACCACAACGGUUGCCGCCCCGGUAACCUCUUCCCCAAGUCCCGUUGGUGCAACGGGAGGAGGAUCUCCCUCGAGCGUUGACACCUCCUCCAUAGUGGUAACGUCCCCAACGGCGGUGACUCCCAGCAUUACGGCGAUCCCCACAGCGGCCCUCAAAAACGGUACAGGAAAAUCCAUAUCCAACCAAUCGACGGUAGCGGCCUCAGCCGCGGCCACAACACCCACCGUCAUCCCGACCAGCCUGAUCGCCAAUAACCUUAGCAUUGCAAAUCUUCUAGGCACCGCCAAUGGCAGCUUGACCUUGCAGCAGAUCAUCCAACAGCAGUGUUCCACAUUGCAGAAGAAAAUCGUAAUCCACCCGAAUGGAACCGUCAUCGACAUUGUGCCGAUCGACGAGGCCGACUCGCCGGAAGACUCCAAGGUGGGCGUACAGUUGGCAGUGGGUGCGGAGAGUGCGGAAACGGCGGCAGCGGUCAACGGAAACGGCCAGCAGCAUGUGACCGCCCAGGUGGCGGUCGUGCAGGCGCAGAGCCCCAAUGAUGGCGGACCGCAGUACAUCACCGUGACCGUGUCUUCACCGGAAAAUGUCCAGAACCAUCACACAUAUGUGCAGUAUGUGGAUUCUGAUAUGUACACCAGUGGCCAAGGACAAACUCAAAUGAGCUACCCCCUCUACGCGGUCGGUGAUUACAGUUCGUCCGGCGGGCAGCAGUACUACGGAGCCGGCGGCAGCGGCGGAAAUCCCGCCGGUGGAAGUGCAAACACCGGUUCCGGCGGCACCGGAACUGGCAAUUACAGUGCUUCCUCUGGUAGUUCACACUCGUCGAGUGGAACCGGUGCCGGCGGUGGAUCGAAUGGGAAUGGGACUUCCGGAGGUGGUAACGGCGGAGGAGGAAAUGGUAACGCCAAUCAGCAGUACAUUGUACCGGUGGAUGAAGCCACACUGCUUGGGACCGCGGCCACCAACGGAGCCCACCAACGCGAUUCACCGCAAGCCAUGACGGAUGUUGCUUCUUACAUACAAUCGCACCAGGUGUCGCACCAUUCCAACUCGACGACGCCCACACCGGACGUGGAUCCGACGCCGAGUCUGAGCCACGCGACACGAGUUUCACCAGCGACGGUCGCUUGGCUGGUGGACAAUUACGAAAACGCCGAAGGAGUUAGCUUACCGAGGUCCACUCUCUACAACCACUACAUGCGCCACUGCAACGAACACAAACUGGACGCGGUCAAUGCGGCAAGCUUUGGGAAACUGAUCCGGUCGGUUUUCACCGGUCUGCGAACGCGUCGAUUGGGAACACGUGGCAACAGCAAGUACCACUACUACGGAAUACGGAUCAAACCGGGGUCAUCGCUAAACAACGCCAUGGACGAUCAGAAGCCAAUGAACGCUAGUCAUAUGAAUAACAACAAUAGUCAUAGUCACAACCACAAUACCAUGGGAGGGGGCGGAGGUGGUCAUGGCGUCGGAGCCGGGGGGAUGGGCCACGGAGGCUCGAUGAACCAUCGUGGAUCGAAGAAGGGCUCGAUGAAGAACGAAAUCCCCGAAUCGUGCUCACAGUAUUUGGGAGAUCCGUCCCAGGCCAUACCGCAGUUUCCAGUGAUCAGCUUGAACCACCCGUUACCGGAGGACAUCACCCUGGAGGACGUUGAUACGUUGCGGUCGAUCUAUCGCGAACACUGUGAAGCCUUUCUGGAUGCCAUACUGAAUUUGGACUUCAACACGAUCGAGUCGCUGUGGCGCGAGUUUUGGCGGGCGGAGAACAUCAACAACAACGCCGACGAGUGCGAAGAGGAAAAGUACCUCAGCAAGACCAAGCUGUACGUGCUGACGCAGUGCGAACCGAUUCAGGACUUUAUCAAACAGGUGGACUUCAUGUUCUACCAGAACAUGGUGGACGUCCUGAUUCCGGACGUGCUGCGUCCGAUUCCGACCGGGUUGACCCAAGCCAUCCGUAACUUUGCCAAAAAUCUCGAGAGCUGGCUCUCGUCUGCGAUGAGCGGUUGCCCGGAGUCGAUCGUGACCAUCAAACUGUCGGCGGUGGCCGCGUUCGGCCAAACGCUGCGGCGGUACACUUCCCUGAACCAUCUGGCUCAGGCAGCCAGGGCCGUGCUGCAGAACAGCACUCAAAUCGCUCAGAUGCUCAAUGAUCUCAACCGGGUCGACUUCCGGAACGUGCAGGAGCAAGCUUCCUGGAUCUGUCAGUGUGAUACGGCCACUGUGCAGCGGCUGGAGAAUGACUUCAAGGCCGCCCUCCAACAGCAGAACACUUUGGAACAGUGGGCUAGUUGGUUGCAAGGUGUGGUCGAUGAUGCACUGGAAGAGUACCGUGGAAAACCGUCGUUUGUGAACGCAGCCCGGCAGUUUCUGCUCAAGUGGAGCUUCUACAGCUCUAUGGUGAUUCGGGACUUGACGCUGCGGUCGGCGGGAAGCUUCGGGAGUUUCCACCUGAUACGGCUGCUCUACGACGAGUACAUGUUCUUCAUCAUCGAGCACAAGGUGGCCGAAGCGACGCAGACUACUCCGAUUGCCGUCAUGGGAGAGAAAGACGCCUCCAGCGCCGGUCGCCAAUUGUUGCAUUCCCAACCAUCCCACCAUCAGAAUCAGCAGCAACAACAGCAACAGCACCAUUCCGCCCAGCAAACGCAACCGGACGACAUGAGCAGCAUGUUGUACACGUCCGACUUCGAGGUGGUUAAUGUGAAGAUGGAACCGAGCGCGAAGCGAAUGCGCAGUUAGUCAAUUUUUUCCACAACUGGUGCUGCUGACUUCCAUCAUCAUCAUCCCCAUCCCCAUCAUCAUCAGCAACAGAUUCAGCUUCAGCAGCACCAGGCGGUCGCAUUGCUGGCCCAGUGUCAGCGUGAGGAGUUUAGCCAUCUAUCUACUAGUACUACGACAACGACUUCGGCGGCGGUGACUCCGGUAUCGGGUCAACAGACCGCCACCUGGUACCUGGCCCCGUCGUCAUCUUCGUCGCCAUCCAACAACAGUAGCACCGGAGCGGCCAGCGGAGGACCGGAAUCGCCCUCGUCCCCGUUUGCCUCCUUCUACUGUGGCCAUUAGCAGCAUCAUCGAAUAGUAUAGUCCCUAUAUUAGUAGUGAGUAAGGGUUUUUAGCCCCAUGGGUGUGAGCUAAACGAGAUUUUUUAUUUAUUCUCAUAUUCAUUCCCUUAGUAUUUGGUUGCGUCGUUUUAGUUCGUUAAGUUCUCCUACGUUGUUUUGUAUGUUUAAUCGAUUCCACGCCGGAGUCGCGUGGAUUAUUCCCUCAAUUGUAAAUACUUUCGAAAGCGGAUUUCAAAUUUUUCCAAACACCAUUCACGUACUAUAUUAGUCAAGAGUUUUUUUUUUCAAUUUAUUUAUUUAUAUUAUAGUAAGUUAGUCCUAGAUAAUCUGCACGAGCUCAACACAAAAUAUUUUAAGCAAAUCCUAUUGAAACAAACGUCUACUGAAUAGUUAUUGUAACAGCUCAACUCAAAAACUGUUGCAACAAUCUGAAAAGAAAAAAAAUCUGUCAUUUCCGUGUUUUCUGUGCUGAGAAAAAAAAAAUCGAACUUGAAUUUUCCAAUUUUACACAUCUCUAAGCUAACUACAUUUCGUGUACCACGCGUUUUCAAGACAAACCCCCCUAACAGUUAAGGAAUCGAGUAUAAUCAAAAGACGGCCAUUAUUCUCUUUACAGCAGAUUUGGUAUAAGGAUGCACUCACCACUCGUAUAUUUAUUAUAGUUGUUAGGUGUUAAGCAAUUGACAUUGGCAGGAAGAGUAGAGAGACCCAUUUGGUCUCCUGGGAAGAGGUUCGAGGACUGAUCACAUCCAAAUGUGCAAUUUGCGUGUGCUGUUUUUACUAGUAGGAUGUACGGAAGGUGAGAUAGGUAAGUAAGUGAUAGGCGACAGGCUGAUUUUGUGCUGCAGAGGAGCUCAAAUGUAUUUUUUCAUUGAUUGCACAAUGUCAAACGAAAUUAGAAGAAAGUUUACUUGUUUGGAGCAGAAAUUGAAGCUUGCUCACACGUAACAGAACAUUUUAGCUGCACAAACCAGGAAUGAAAAUAGAAUUGAUAUAGAGGACAAGUGAUCGAAGCACGGACAGCAUGUUUUAUUCAUAUUGAAGUAAGUGCAAAAAUUUAAAAAAAGCGGAAAACAGAAAUACACGGACGGCAGACAAAUGUAUUACAUUAAUAUACACUGAUAAAUGUUUGUGCCUGUGGACAAUGGGAUAGCGAGGAUUGAACGAAUAAUGGAUAUAUCUACACUCCCGUGAAAAAGUUUGGGUUCCCUCUAAAAAAAACAUACAGAACGGUUUUUUUUUUUACAUUUUUGUCCACGUCCAAGUGAAAAUCUCUAUGGCGCAUUCGAAAGGCAAUGAGUUAUUCUUACUUCGUAGGUAUUUUUUGAAUUGUAUUUUUUGAAUUUUGUACAUUAGUAGUAAAAUUUUUUUCAAAAAAAAAAAAAAACAAUGGAAGACAUGGUUGAUUUCCUCAGAUGCCUCAGCAAAAUUUUAAAUCAUAGUGUCAUUAGAAUCGCAAUCUUAUAUUCUUUGAAGAGCACUCGAAAUUUUGACGGAAAAAUCUGAAAACUAUUCAAAAUCAGUGAAACAGUCAUUCAAGUCAUCGUGCAAAAAUUUGGUUCCACGUUUCACCAUUGUUUGAGCUAAAAAUUUAGCAACCAGUAAAAAAAACAAGAAUGAAAUUUUUGUUUUGAGGAUCCUGGCCAUUUAGGAAUAUGGCUUAUUCGACAAAGUUGUUCAGUAGCUCAAAGGCUAUCAUUAUUUUAGCCAAGGGGAAGGACAGCUUUGCUCUGAGCAGGCUAUGCGCAUCGAGUAAACUCUGAGUUACUCACAUUUGCUCAGAAAUCAACCAAUCUUCUUCUUCUGCUACCAGAUUUGUUUUGAAUUUGCAUCUGUUUUCAUCAAAUGUCGGUGGGUUUUGCUAACGGUUGUCAGUAUGAAAAAAGUAUUUCAUUUUAAAAAUGUUCAAGAAUGUGAUAUGCAACUGAAAUGACGAAACUAGGUCUAGUGAUUUAGUCGGCAUUGUAAGCCAAUGGAUUUCCCAUUUAUAUUGGGAUUUUGCGAAGAAAUUGAAUAUAUCAUUGAAUGCUCUUACUGCCUAUUUUCGUUUCUAUCCCAGCCUUGGAACAUGGAGCGUUCAUUUAAAGAACUACAAUACAUCUUAGAACCAAAUGAAAUGUAACACUUCUAUGUCAUUGUAAACCCGAUUCACUGCAUGCACUUUUGAACCAGAAUAUCAACGUGACAAUAUGAGGAAAGUGCUUACAUUUUGCUCAUUAAUAGCCCGUUGAGCAAAGCUGCUUACGACUCGAUAUGAAAAUUUUUCACUGUAAAAUAAACAACCCAACACUAACGGUUGCUAUUAACACAAAACGACGAACGAGUCGAGUUGCUCUGAGUUGUUAAAAGGCAAAUCAAGAUCUAGCACAAGAUCAGUAGGCUGUCCCGCCCCUUGAUUUUAGCCAAUCUCUAAUUGCAAGGCUUAAAUAAUGAUAGCAUUUGAUCUACUGAACAAUUUUUCCGUCAAGAUGGUAUUUUUAUAAUUACCUCGAGUUAUGUCAUGUUCGAAUUUGGGUACAAGUUAAGCGAAAUCAGAUCACAUGUUAUCAAAACAUGUCAAUAU